AAAAAACUCAAAACUCAAAACAUUAAUAAGAAGAAAUGGGCAAUUGUUUUUCAGGACAAAAGGAAUCUUCAUCCUCCACCAACAACAAGUCGAAGAAUAAUAACAAGAGAUUGGAAGAAACCAAGAAGGAACCAGCAACAACAACUGCUGCCACUACUUCCACAAGUACAUCAACAACUGCUGCUGCCACUACUACAACUAAGGCUUCCGAACAACCUGCCAUUGUUGAAGAACCAACUAAAAAGCCAGAAGUAACCAAACCAGCCGAACCAAUCAAGACUACUGAUGUUGUAGUUGAGGAGAAGAAGGCUGUGGCCGAACCACCAAAGGCUACUACCACUACUCCAUCUGUUGCUGCCUCUAACUUUGAUGAAGCUACUAAUUCAUUCGUUCUCAAGCCUGCUGUUAUUGCCAAGUUUAUUAUUGGUCCAAAGGGUUCAACCAUCAAGCAAUUACAAGAGGAAACUUCAUCAAGAAUUAAUGUUAAAGACUCUGAUGAUGAUUCCAAGCAUAUUACCAUUGAACAAUCAGCCAAUCCAAAGGCCUGUUAUGAUCGUAUUAUGGCCGAAUUGAAGAAGUACGGUUGGGAAUUCGAUGCCAAGGAAAAUCAAUUUGUUGAACAUGAUACCGAUGCUAUGAAAAUGUUCAAGGAAUUGGAAAAGAAGAUUUCCGAAGAAUCUAAAUUGAUGUCCGAUUGUUUCGAAAGAGCCAAGAAGGCCUACGAAAGUGGUGAUGGUGGUCUCUCUAAGCAAUUGUCUGAAGAAGGAAAACAACAUCAAGAAUUGAUGAAGAAGUAUCAACAAGAAUCUGCCAACACAAUGUUUGAACAUUUGAAUAAGGAUAAGGGUGAUUUGGAAAUUGAUUUGCAUGGUCAAUAUGUUGACAAUGCUAUGGACUUUUUGAAGAAGAGAAUUGAAAAAUUGAGAGGUGAAAAACAACCAAAGUUGACCAUUAUUUAUGGUGCAGGUAAUCACUCUGAUGAAAAGGGACCAAAGAUUAAGCCAGCCGUUUUGGAAUAUUUGAAGAAUGAAGGUAUCACCUUUGAAGAAAUCAAUCAUGGUAGUAUUUCAGCAAAUAUUUAAAGAUAUUACUCUUCUAACCACCUAAUGGAAACCUAAGAAACUUAAUUUAUUUACAAAUAUUCGAUAGAACACCCUACUGUGUUCUGUCACACAAUAAAAUUUGAUGCACUUUGAAAUUUACUAU